AUGGGAAGAAGUUCAUAUCCAUGUUGUUAUACAACUAAGUUGUCCAUUUUUUUUGGAGGAGAAUAUUCAGAUGAAUUAGAGGAAAUAAAGGCAAUAACUAUUGCUGAUUUUCUUAAAAAUACAUUGCAAUUCCCCUUUAAACACAUAAAAAAAAAGGAUGAUUGGGGGUUUGGGUUCGUGCACUUUGAGAACGAAGUGGAGAGAGAUAAUUUUUUUAAUUAUGUAAAAGAACAAUCUUUUACAGGAUCACGUGGAAAAAUAUUAAAUUUUAACAGAGCAAAAGCAAAAAAAGUGCAUUAUAGAGACGAUGAUAUUGAAGUGCAACCGUUAUUGCACAUUCCGUCUCAGUCACAAUCGGAAACCUUGCAGUCACAAACCUCGCAGUCACAAACCUCGCAGAUGCAGUUGCAGUUGCAGUUGCAAACCUCACAAACCUCGCAGUCACAAACUUCGCAGUCGCAGUUACAAACUUCGCCGCAAUAUAAUAUUUUUGAAUCAAGCGAUGAAUUAAUCGUCUAUAUUCAAGCGAUUACUGUUGAAAAAAACAGCAUUGAAAUAGAAACAAAUAAUUUUGAAGCAAGGAACAUAUACGUCAAAUUCAAGUAUAACCAGGAAAUUGAAGCAGGUCUUCAAUGUAAAAAAGGAAGUUUCCAUAUACUGAAAGAUGAGAUCGAAAUUUCAAUACACCUUCCAAAAAGGUAUCUAAAAUAUCCAUCGCGUAAUAUAUCAUCAAAUAUUAAACAAAAUACUAUUAACACUUCAUCAUCAAAAAUCCCACAAAUUUCUCAAUCUAUUCCUAAAAUCCACUUACCAAAAUCGGUAGCAAAUUUGCCAAAAUUGAGUCGGCAACCAUUAGAUGAAACUGAGAGAGAUUUAAAGGUCGAAAACGAAAAAUUAAAGGCUCAUGUUGAAGAGUUAGAAACGAAAUUAAAUAAAAUUUUCCUAGAAUUAAAGGAAACCCAAGAUCUAAACGAAACAUUAAUAGCGAUCAACGAAGAAUUCAGAAAAAAAAAUGAUGAUCUCUAUAAAAAGUUAGAAAUAUACAAAAACCUUCGCAAACCAAGUAUUGUGGAGAAAGGAAAAAGCACCCGUAAACAUGCGAGGUAUCAUCAUAUGAAUUUUAUUAGUUUUAAAAAACAUUUGCAUAAUUACCCUUAUUUACCGAUGUUAGGUCAGAUGAAUAUAAAAGAGAAUAUGAAGAAAAAAUGUCAGAUAAUAAAUGAACGAAAAGCCGCAAGGGGAAUUAAAUUUCUUCAUCCGAAUAAUUGCGAGGGGACAUCAGAUUUUCACUGGUAG